AGAAAUGGAGAACGAGGGGGUCCAGGAUGAGGACCACCACGAACAUCACCGGCAGGAACACCGGCAGGAACACCGGCAAGAACACCGGCAAGAACACCGGCAGGAACACCGGCAGGAACACCGGCAGGAACAUCGGCAGGAACAACAGGAAUCGGAUCAGGGAGAGGACCAGCAACAACACAUACAGGGUCACGUGAUAGAGGGCCAGAUAGUUGAUGGCAGACUUGUUACGGCUGAUGGACAGAUUGAUGGCCAGGUUGAGGAGAUCGUAACUCCUGGAGAGCUUGGGGGAGAACAUAUGAUCAACAUUCCAGAAGGAAGUCAGAUUGUGAUAGUUAGUCAGGACUCAAGUGAACUGGGUUCCCUACAAGACAUGACUAGUCACCCUAUUGUUAUCUACAACGAGGACGGCUCGUCAGUAAUUUGUAACAAAGUCACGUACUCUGACAACGGAGUGGUGGUGUUUUCCACUGACCAGGAAAUUCAGUUACCUGAGGGAGCUGAACAUGAAUAUUCUUCUAUCCCUGCCAUAUCUGACCAGCUUCCAGAAAUGUUACUCAGCAACGAGGGACAUCAAGUGGUACAAAAAGAUGGGGGAUCAAGGAAUGACGUAGAUAUUCAGUAUGGUGAUAACUCGAUAGAGAUAAGACUGAAAGAAGAUCAGAUGCCAGAAAAGCACGGGUUAAAGAGAAAGGCUAGUCGAAGAAAAAGACCCCCACAAGAAAUGCACCACGGAGGAGCUCAGAGUUCAGGAGGUUAUGUUAUAGAGGAGGAGAUAGUACAUCCUAGAGGGAAGAGAGGGAGGAGGUCUAAUGCGGAGAAGAGACAAAUGAGGGAGAAUCAGGAGAGAGAACAGACCAGCCCUUCUCAGAGCCCUAAGAAGAAAUUUAUGAGGUUACCCAAAAGAAGAAGUGGGAAGUACAAGAAAGGAAAUGCCCAGAUUGUGGAGUCCGGGGAUGAUUACAUUGAGCCAACUCACCAAGUUAUCGCUCACGUUAUUGAGGAGCAUAUAGAGGGAUAUGAUGGUUCCGCACUAACGACCGUGUUAUCAGGAGAAGAGUUAGAGGAAGGAGAAGGAAUGCAAAUAGUACUGGAUGAGCAGGGUCAGGAGCGGAGUGUUCAAUAUAUUGAGGAGGAACACUCCGAGUACCCUGGUGGCACUAUGGAGGUUAUAGUAUCCAACAAGGGAGUAAACCGUGCACGUGUCCCCAAGAAGCAGCACGUGUCGCGCCCUAUGCAGGUGGUGGCCGCUACCCCGCCACAACAACAACACACAGUCCAACAACCUCCCCCUCGCUCUUACAUGGAGGAGGAGCACUUGUCAAGGAGACACAGCAAGUUUGAUGAGACCCAGCUCGCCUUACCCGGGCACAGAUACCACGAGGACAAUCAGCUUCAGACUGUUACUUCACCUCAGAAUGUUACACGCAGUAAGUUCUGGAAGGAAAUCGAGGAGUGGGUCCCGGAACCCAAGACUAAGAGGAUGAGACUUACUCAGGAGGAAAUGACGGCUCAGCCUGAAGAGAGUUUUCUACCUCUCGACCCUUACUUUAUGGUUUGUGAUCCGUUACCAUGCAGUCACCCUGAGUGUCGUCUGUACCCGACCCUGCUCUACCUGCGCGAGAUAUACCCACGUGGGCAUGGUAUUCGUCAGAUGUUCCACUUACCUGAGGGUAUUGAAUCACGUGUUGCGGAGGACAACACCAUCAGCGCGUGUCCGAGCAAGGGCUUUGGGGCGGGAGUUAUUAUUGGAUGUGUGGUUGGCAGAACGGUGACGCUGCAGGACGCUGCUACUCACAAGAAACCUGACUCACUUUGGCCUGUGUAUGUGGAUAGUAAGAUUCAUCACUACGUUGACACUAGUUCCAGGGUUCAUAGUAACUGGACUCGGCUCGUUAGACACAGUUCACUCAAGGAGAUUGUUAAUCUUGUUGUUCUACAGUCCUUUGGAACUCAAUAUUUGUUAACUGUAAGACGAAUUGAUGCUGGAGAUGAGCUUGUAGUUUGGACCAAUAGGAAUCUAUGUAUGGACACUAGUGCUAUGGAUUUCCAGCAGCUAUCUUGUCCUGGAAUAUACUGGAGACAGCGUACACUACGUAAGAUACACUAUCACGUAUGCUACGAAUGUGGGUCUAUGUUCAAAUCUCCAACCGGAAUACAAGAUCACGUGCGACACGUUCACAACAGCAUACCUCACAAACCGACUAUUGUUACUGCUGAACCAGAUAGGGAUAACAAGGAGCUCAAGUGUGCGACUUUCGAUCCUGCGGGAAUAAUGAAAGAUCAGUGCCGAAUGUGCGCCUUUAUCUACAAGAGAUCUUACUCCCCGAAAAUUACGAAGGGAGAUAUGAGACAUUACAAGUGUAUGACAUGCUUCAAGAAGUUUGGUUCUGCUGCCUCACACAAGAAACACAUGGCAAACAACAAGCACAGAGUGUCUGCUAAGAUACACUCCAUCUGCGACUAUCUGAGGGAAGCGGUUGAAAAGAAGAGAUUACCACUGUCCGACCCUGAAGUAAUGGCAGCAGCCAGACCAAGGAUACCCAGGAAUUCAGAGUACCCCAUACCUCCCGCAAAACCGUUCGCUUCCGCUAAUGAUAUCAUCAUGGUGGACGGGAGACGGUACGACACUCAGGUGCCACUGACAGAUCCAUUCUUCAAAGAAAUGUUCCAAACGAGAGUAAACACCUACCCAUACAUUCAGCGACUUCACUCAACAGCAAUCACGGAGGAGGACAACUGUACUAUGUUGGAGAUCCAGUCAGAGAACAAGAAGCCGAUGUACACAACCCGACGAGGUCGCCCUCAGAAGGCAGUGAAGAAGAUGCUGGAGGAGGCUAUCAACCCCCAGGGAGUGACUAGUCCGAGUAAAGCGAGCAGAGACGCCAGAGCCUUCGCUUCUCAGAGGCAGGCUCGAAUGUCUCUCAAGGAAGAAGGGCCAAGUAGACGUGAUCACGUAGCGGUAAAGCAAGAGAGGAGAUCAGAACCUAUACACACCCAGUUUAGUACGGGUCCCGAACUCAGCAACUACCCUGCCCCCGCUUCUGAUGGAUCACAAAUCACCAUCAAGAUAUCACCCAAAACACCCAAGAUAGAACUAAUGGAGGCAGCAAUGUGGGACAGACCACCGACCCCUCCCCCAGCACUCCGUGAAGACAGAGACCGAGAGCACCCGCGCGACCGAGAGCCUGCCUUGCCUCCACCACCACCCAUCCCCAUGACAGUGUCUGUACGGAACCAGCGACCACGCAUCACAGCCCUUCCUGUGGACACCUGCGGGAUGUACGACUUUCACACCCCAGCACCCGAGCCAGAAGAGCCACCACCACCCCCACAAGCUCCACGUUACGAAAACAAAUUCGGGGAAGUGUUUGAACCGUAUAUCGAGUCCGAACCAGCGGUCACAAACCAGGAGAACACUCCAGCAGAGAGUCCUCUACCCGCCACCCCUGUUACCCCUGCUGCUACUCCUGCUCCUAACACUCAAGCAACUCCUCCCUCACCUGUCUUCUCUCCUCCUAAACCAAGCCCUGCUAAAUCUUUCAAACCAUCCCCUGUUAAGAACCACUCCGCUCCCCUGACAUACAAGAAACAGAUGGCAGGAAAGACUCUUAAAGCCAGUCUACUGGACGCUUUCAACGACGCCGUGUUCGGUUUCCCCAGUAAAAGGAGGACUCCUGCUAAGAAGGUACAAGACACUCCCACUCCGACACCACCACCCCAACCUCUCCAGGAGAAUAGUGAAGGAAAUCAACAGACUACCCCGGGAUCAUAGUGGUCAGCAGACGUUACGUCACUACCUAUCUCAAGACAGUUAUCAUCGAGUCAGAAAUUCUUGGUUAAAGCAGCUCUGUGCGCUUACUAUUCACUAUCGUGACAGGCAACUUUUGAUGAGUUCAAUUUGUUCGAACUUUUUAAUGUAUGGAAUAGAGGACGUUUUAAGUUGAUUGUAGUGUAUAAAGAUGAACCAACCAGCUAACAAUAAUUGUAUUUGCUUUAACUUUAAGAUGUCAAAGACCCAAUUUUCUUUCAAUUUCAGGAACAUUUCCUCGUUUAUCCAAUAACUGUAGGGUCUGUAUUUCUGAGUUUUUAGAUGUCUGAUAAUACAGAUUUACUAUCCGAUUUGAUGUCUUGAGUUUUGAAGUUUAACCGGUUAAAGUUAUCAGCACAGGAACAUACUUCGUUGUGAAGCAUUUAAAUUCUCGCUCUAUGUGUGCAAGUUCCACCGAUUUCAACUUUUUAGAGCAUAGAUUUUUAAGACAAUUGUAGACUUAAAUAACUCUUAAAUAAUUGGAUUUGUUAACAUUAUCAAAUAUUUAAGUAUAUAAACGAUAAUAUUUCCCGGCAAUCAUUUCAAGUGAA